UGAAAUCUAACACUUUAGAAAAUUUGUACGAAACUCUCGCUAAUAUAGCUCUCGUCCGAAACACCCCAUCAUAUUUAGGCAUCGUGGUAUCAACUUCUUUUUGCCAGCAUUCUCCACUUUAUGGUUGCAAGAGGAAGAUGUGGGGCAGGAUAAGCUGAUUUCGGAUCUGGUGUCUGGAAUGCAAGAAGAAGACGCGCCUCGUGUUGAAAUCGUGAUAGAAGAGGGAGUUCUUGUUCAGGAUGAGAACAAAGAUAAUGAAUGUCCCGAUCCGCUAAAACAACUGAUCCGCUGCUUCCAACGUGCUGCCACAAGCGAGGAGAGUCAAGCGCAAACGAUUCACGACGACAAUCUGUACAUACGCUUUGCUGACGUUAUGGCUCAGUCGAUCCACAUCGAAGAAGAAGAUGACGAUGAUGGAGAUGAUGUAGAAAUAGAUCAG